AUGAAGCUUUUAGAUGCCGAGAUCAUUUAUCCAAUCUCAGAUAGUGCAUCGGUAAGUCCAGUGAAAGUCGUCCCAAAGAAAGGAGGGAUAACCAUGAUCAAGAAUGACAACAAUGAACUUAUACUGACAAGUCCGAUCACUGGAUGGUGCAUGCCUUUUGGUCUUUGCAAUGCGUCAGCCAUUUUCCAAAGAUGCGUGAUGUCCAUCUUCUCGGACAUGGUGGAAAAACAACAAGAAGUCUUCAUGGAUGACUUCUCAGUUCAAAGGUGGUCGUCUACACCGAUCGCUCAGCUCUUAAAUACUUGA